CCAACAAUAAUAUUAUUCAACAUAGUUUCUUAAUCAAACAGUAAAUCAUUAGUUUUGUUGAUGGUGAGUAUUGAGUAUGAAACAUAGUGGAGGGAAUCUUGUGAAAUAAAAAACAAGAGCUUCUUAUAGUCAUGGCCCACCAACACACACAAAGAUUUGCAGAAUUUGCACAUAUUCUCUCUAGUCUACAACUGUAUAUGCAGAUGACACUAAACAUGCAGAGAGACUCAAAAGACUUGUGAUGAAUUUCACAACGGCUCUGAACAAAAACCUUGAAGUGUGUACGACAAAGCAAACAACACAAACAACAAAUCCUCCCUUGACUCGAAAACAAUAUACAAAAGUAAAAAAGGGGCAAUUAAAGCAUCGGUUUCAGCUCUUCUGUCUUGGACCUUUUCACUUGGCCACUUCUUUCCCUACUCGAUACCCCCCCUCUCACACGCAUUUUCACAAACACCUUCUCUCCAAAUAGUCAAGCAAAUACGUACACACACACAAACUCUUCCCCUGUCAAGUAAGAUUUUCUCUUCCUCUCUCAAGUCAAAUCCCCUGAAUCUCACGACACCAUAUAUAUCAGGAAUUGCUUUAUCUCAAGUUUCAGUCACUCACUCAACAUGGCACAGCAGCAAUUCAAUAAAAUCCACUAUAACUACCACCGACAACCUACGAGACCAAGCAAAGGAGGAGAUAGAGAGAAGAGACACAAGUUUUACCUGAACGACCACAUUGACAUCUUAAUCGAGAUCCUGAAGCGUCUAGACGGGCAAUCCCUAAGUGUGGCGGCCUGCGUUUGUAGACUCUGGUGCACCAUCGCUCGCAACGACUCGCUGUGGGAGAACCUCUGCUUCCGGGACGUGUCACCUCCGCCAUCCGGUGUGCGACCAGUUGUGGUGGCGUUGGGCGGGCAUAGACGGCUUUACAUGUUGUGUGUGCGGCCGGUGCUGAGUCGGCUUGGCGAGUUGAGAGUGGGUGAGUCGGGGAGGAGGAGUAGAAGGGUUUGGAGGCAGGAGGAGGUGGUGCAGCAGCUUUCACUGUCUUUGUUUUGUGUUGAUUACUAUGAGAGGCUCGGAGUUGGGGAGAGAUUCGGUGACUCGGCGUCUCCAUCGUCUCUCAUGUUCCUCUGCAUCUGAUUUCUUCGCUCAAUCAAAAAUUAUCAAAUUAUUAAUUUAAUUGACAGAUGAAUAUCAUAAAUUCUUUUUUUUUUUUGUUAAUUAUUAGAG